GUUGUCGCACCUUGCGGUACUGGGUGGAGCUUACCUUCCUUUUUUGGCCACCAUUGUAAUUUUGAUUGUCGAGCGGACAACCGUUGAGACCAGCGCCUUAAUUUCUUUCCUUCUUGCCAGCCUCGAUCCCAUAAGACAGUCUUUUCGACAAAGUCCCUGUCUUUCGGUUGCUGCAUCCUCCGCUCUUUCAUUCCAGUCUCUAAAAUCUCUCUCUCUCUUUCAUUCUCAACACUCGUUUUGUGUGACCGCCUAGACUCUCGCACCCGCAAAUAACAUGGCAUACCGCCCGCAAGAUCCAUACUACGAUUCUGCACAUAACCCACCAAUAAACCAAGGUUUUCCUCCUUCAGCGCCUACCAACCAUAACCAGCAAUACCCUGCCUACGAUAGCCAAUGGGACGACAGACCUGGCUCUGCCAAAUCCGUCCAGAGUAGCCAAUUCCAUGGUUCUCAGGUGCACCUCAAUCCCCAGUACGAAAUGAGUCAGACCCACAUCCACGCUCCCCCCGUCCCCUCAAUGCCAUACCAUGCAUACCAGCCAGACUACCCACCCAUGCCGGUACACCCUGGCAUGAUCAGAGAAAUGAGUACGGGAUACUCCGUAGCCAGGGAGAAACUGAUGAAACGUCGAUCUGUUCGCCAUGUCGAGCUUCAGAACGGUAAUCUGGUUCUCGACGUCGCAGUCCCCACCCACAUUGUGCCAAAUGGCAUGGCCAGCGCUGAGGAAAUGACAAAAAUGCGAUACACUGCCGCCACGUGCGACCCCGACGAAUUCAUGCGCAGGAAAUAUUCCCUCAGGCCGUAUCUCUACGGCCGCCAUACUGAACUUUUUAUCGUUAUGACCAUGUACAAUGAAGACGAAGUUCUUUUUGUGAAGACUAUGAAUGCCGUUAUCAAGAACAUCGCCCACCUCUGUGGUCGGACCAGAUCAAGAACAUGGGGUCCCGAGGGGUGGAAGAAGGUCGUCGUCUGUAUCGUCUCAGAUGGACGCAGUAAAGUCAACAAGCGAACCCUUCAAGUUCUCACUCUUAUGGGCUGUUACCAGGAGGGUAUCGCUAAGGACUCGGUAGCAGGGAAGGAUGUGACUGCUCACAUUUUCGAAUACACUUCAAACGUUGUCGUUACCGACACUGGGGAGGUGUCUACCGGCCUUUGCCCAGUUCAGAUCAUCUUCUGUUUGAAAGAGCAAAACAAGAAGAAGCUCAACAGCCACCGCUGGUUUUUUAAUGCUUUCGGUCCCUUGAUCAACCCGAACGUCUGUGUUCUUCUGGACGUUGGUACCAAGCCAACCAGCACGUCAAUCUACGAGUUGUGGAAAUGCUUCGAUAAACACUCUAAUGUUGGAGGAGCCUGCGGAGAGAUUUGUGUCGACACUGGCACAGCUUGCUCGCUGCUCUUGACGAGUCCUCUGGCUGCUUCUCAGAACUUCGAGUAUAAAAUGUCUAAUAUCCUCGACAAACCUCUUGAGAGUGUAUUCGGGUACAUCAGCGUGCUUCCUGGUGCAUUUAGUGCCUACAGAUACAAGGCCCUCCAGAACGGUCCUAAUGGCAAGGGUCCCCUUGCCUCGUAUUUCAAAGGAGAGGCUAUGCAUGGCGGAGGUGCUGACGGCGCUGGGCUAUUUGAGCGAAAUAUGUACCUCGCUGAGGAUCGUAUUCUGUGCUUCGAGAUUGUCACCAAGAAGCGGGAAGGCUGGAUUCUCAAAUACGUCAAGAGUGCCAAGGCCGCUACUGAUGUCCCCACAACCGUCCCCGAAUUCAUCUCUCAGCGUCGCCGAUGGCUGAACGGGUCCUUGUUUGCUUCCUUCCAUUCGACGAUCUUCUUCUACAGGAUCUGGACAUCUGGGCAAAAUCCCAUUCGUAUGCUUGUCCUCCAGAUUGAGUUCAUUUACAACGCAAUCCAGCUCAUAUUCACGUGGACGUCACUUGCGAACUUUUACCUGGCUUUCUUCUUCCUGGUUUCAUCGGCAACCACCUCCACAGAUGGUGCUUUCAACUUCCUGAGCGAAGGAGCGGGAACAGAUAUUUUCGAGGUCUUCCUGAAGCUCUACAUCGCCCUCCUGUUCGUCGUCACCGUUUGUUCACUAGGAAACCGGCCACAGGGCUCCAAAUGGAUUUAUUCGCUUUGCAUGGUACUCUUUGGUAUUUGUAACAUCAUCACGCUUUGGUGCGCUGGAUGGACCGUGUACCUUGCUGUACCUCAUACUCUGGCUGGAUGGAAGGACUUCCCCCACCUCGUCGCCACGAACCAAGCCCUCCGGGAGAUCGUCAUCUCACUCGCUGCCACAUAUGGCUUGUACCUAUUCUCGUCGUUCAUGCACUUGGAGCCUUGGCACAUGUUCACUUCCUUCAUCCAAUACAUGUUCCUACUCCCGAGUUAUGUCAAUAUUUUGAUGAUGUAUGCCAUGUGUAACUUGCACGAUGUUACUUGGGGAACCAAGGGAGACAAUGGCUCUGCUAAAGAUCUCGGCGGAGCCAAGAAGAUCAAAGGCGAGAACGGAAAGGACAUGAUGGAAGUCGAGAUCCCCACUGCCCGCGAAGACGUCGACCGCAUGUGGGCAGCUUCCCGCUCAGCACUCAAGGUCAAAGCUCCCGAAGAGAAGUCUCACCGCGAUGCUGCUACCAAGCAAGCCGACCACGACCGUAACAGUCGUACAAAUGUCGUGCUUGCAUGGGUGGGGACGAACAUGUUGAUGAUUGUUGUGUUCACUUCACAAGCAUUCCUGAACUGGGUGAACACCCACUUUGCAACAUCUCAGGGCUCGAAUUUUAAUCCUUAUUUGAGCUUCCUGUUCAUCGCACUUGCUGGCCUUUCAGCAGUCCGAUUCGCCGGAUCCCUACUCUACCUCAUCUUCCGACUAUUCGGCCACUAAGAUAGAUAUUUCGUGAAAUACCCAUUCUACUAGAUCUGUACUUUUUCUCAAGAGUUGAUCUCUUCGGCGUCAUUCCUUUUUAACAGUGAGAGUAUUCUUUUUAGUCACGAUCCUUUGUUUGAUGGCUACGAUAAUUUUGGUGCAUGUAAUUUUUACUGGACUUUGGGUUGUGCUAUAUACAUAUGAUAGGGCGGUGUAGUGUGACGCGUCCAGUCUGCGGCAAUAUGGCCAAGAUAUGCAAUACAAUUGUUGAAUGUGUUAUGCAAUGUGCACAAAAUUAAAAACAGACAGCCUCUGAGAC